CGCCGCGCGGGAGGAAGGCGGGGGGGGGGGUGGGUGCGGCGCUGGGCCCGGCCUUGCGUCACCCACGAGGGUCCCGGCUCCGCACACCUCCCCCCUCCCCGGGCCCACGCGGGACCGCGCCCGCGUCCCUCCCCUCCCCGCGGCCCGAGAGGGCGUGGCCUCCAGACCGCGCCCCCUCUCUCGCCACGCCCCUACGCCGACCACGCCCUCAGCCCACCGCUCUGCAGCCGUCCAUAUAUGGGCAUGGCUCGAACGCGGCUCCCUGAUUGGUCGUCGCCUCGCGCGCAGGGCCUGUCAACAAACGGCUGCCACGGCCUGCCGUUAAAAGGGCGGGGCGCGGCGGGGCGAGCCCCACCUCCGAGGGCGCCGCGGCCGCUUUAAGGGCCGGGCUCAGCCCCCCGCGGGCAGCGCCGGGCCGAAGCCGGUGGUGCCGGCCUGGGCACAGGUGCCGGCAGCCCACAUCGUCAUCAGCGUCGGCAGUGCCAUGCUGCCCUGAUGGAGCCCAACGCCUUCCCUCACCUGCAGCUCUGGUGCCCACGGCCCUUCGGCACCUACUCUCAGAACAAACCAUGCCCCAGUCCCGGCUCCACCAAGAAACCCUUCUCCUGCCGUCCCACCGAAGAGCCUGCCGGAGCCCGGGCACCCUCCGAAAACACGCCACCAGCUCCUGCCGAUGUCGCCCUGGCUCCCCCGGCAUCUGCAGAGGAAGGUCGGGUGCUGCUGGACACGUGGUAUGUCAUCAAACCAGGCAACACCAAAGAGAAGGUGGCUUUCUUCGUGGCGCACCAGUGCAGCGGUGGCAUCGGCAGCGGUGGCACCAGUGGCCGUGCCAGCACCAUGAAGGUAAAAGGCAACUGGGGCAGCGAUAGCUCCAAAGCCAAGCGGCGCCGGCGCUGCCACGACCCCACUAAGAGCAAGCCAAACCCAGCAUGGGCUACUGGCGGCAGGGACCCGGCUUGCCCACGCCCCUUUGAACCGUCCACUGCUGCCAGUGAAGCCCCUGACUUGCUGUCAGUGGCGGAGAUGGUGGCGUUGGUGGAGCAGAGGACGGCGCUGGCGUUGCAGAGCUUCCCCCGGCCCUGCGGUGCUCCUGCUGCCCCAGUUGUCUUCGUGGAGGCGGCUGGCGGUGAAACCAAAGCGCCGAGUGGCUCCGAUUGCAGCCGGGUGGCUGAAGCUGUUGCCCACUUUGAGUCACGGCAGCGGGAGCAUGGUGGCACCCGGCCCAAUGGGUUGUGCCGCCCAGGCACCGAAUGUGCUGCUGCGGCGGCAGCAUCGUCGGCACCAGGUCCCGGUGAGGUGCGCAUCGCCUUCCGCAUCUCCAGCGGCCGCGAGCCCCGCGCCGGAGCCGCCACGGCUGAGCCGGGUGGUGUUGGGCGUCCCAAUUGUGUCUUUAUGAGCUGCGGGACGGCAAGUGGCAGUGGUAAUGCUGGCGGUCGUGCCAAGGACAAAAUCACCUGUGACCUCUACCAGCUGAUCAGCCCGUCCCGUGACACGCUGCCCAACAAUGUGGAGUUCCUCCUGGCCACCGCUGGUCCCAAGGGAGAUGGGGAUGUCCCUGACGUGGACAUGGGAUGUGGUGAGGGGUCAGUGACUGCUGUCAAGCCGGAGAUGAGCGAAGGAACCGGUGAGGGGUCAUCGGUGUCAGCACGGGAUUGCGCCUCUGGCUUCCAUGUGGACGUGGUGGUGACGGGGGUGGUGGACCAAUGCGUCUUCUUUGGCAAGGACAGUGCCAAGAAGAUGAAGGAGGAGACGGUGCGGCUGCCAGCAGCAGCACAGGAGGACCCGCCACCAGGGCAGCUCUUCCUCCUGCCUGUCCCCGAGGAGACGCCGGUGGCAGAGGAUGCAGAGGCCGGCGAGGAGCCGUCAGCUGUCCCUGACCCCUCACUUUGCCGGUUGUACCGUCAUGUCUCCCACGACUUUUUGGAGAUCCGCUUCAAGAUCCAGCGGCUGCUGGAGCCCCGGCAGUACAUGCUCCUGCUGCCAGAGCAUGUCAUGGUGAAGAUCUUCAGCUACCUGCCCACCCAAGCGCUGGCCGCCCUCAAGUGCUCCUGCCACUACUUCAAGUCCAUCAUCGAGACCUUUGGGGUGCAGGCCACCGAUUCCCGCUGGAACCGUGAUCCCCUCUACCGUGACGACCCCUGCAAGCAGUGCAAGAAGCAUUAUGAGAAGGGGGACGUAUCCCUGUGUCGGUGGCAUCCCAAGCCCUACCACCACGACCUGCCUUAUGGCCGAUCCUACUGGAUGUGCUGCCGGAGGCCUGAUAAGGAGGCGCCUGGCUGCAGGGUGGGCUUGCACGACAACAACUGGGUACACCCAGCCACCCGACGCGAUGACAGCAGGUGAAGGGACAGGAGCCGGCGGGGAUGGUGGUGGCAGAUCAUGGGGACAUGGAGGGUGGAAGUUGUCAGCGGCGGUUGCUGGAAAGGGCGGAGGAGAAGGUGGAAAAAAAAAAAAAAAGAAAAAACCAUCAUCAAACCCCAAAACUUGAAGAAA